UGCACCUCGGACUUUGGGUCCAUUGUGGCCGCCAAGGUCAUGGUAUUAGUCCUUUCCUGUCGUGAUGAAUUUUCGUAGGAAUGGGUCAAAGUUCAUUGUUUCUCCAACGCGGUCACGGCAGGUGAUUCCCAUGAUUCAAUGACAGGUCGAAUCCUUAGCGUCCAUGCAAGGUUCUCAGAGCGGCGCACGUCAGCCGCUGCGGCUGGUCAGCCCGCGGUAGCAAAGUUGUCUCCAUCUACACAGGUAUCUUGCUGGGCUCUGAGAUAAAUUGUCGUCUCUUUUACAAAACUUGCAAUUCUAAAUCAUUUAUGUUCACCGCUAGCACUUCCGAUUUCUAUCGCACAAUGACUGGUUUAAAUGAAACUUCUGUCAACAGCCAAGAGGCUUUCGAGCUCCUGGACAAAUUUUCAUGGUUUUCUAGUGAUGACCAGCGGCGCUGGUGGAAGCAAACUGGCUCCAAGUUGCAGAAGCUUUUGGGCGAUGCUCAAUAUUCAGAAAAGGACCAGGUCCUCUACCUGUAUCUGUUGCAGCAACGUAUCGUCCCAACUCUCGGUGUUUUCCCAACUCCUGGACAAGACUCUCAGCGAUAUUGGAGCCAAGUGACCACCUAUGGGGUUCCAUACGAGUUGAGCUGGAAUCUCCUACAUAACAUCGUCAGGAUUGGCUUUGAACCAGUCUCACACUUGACAGAAAACGGCGGUGAUAUAUUCAACCAACGGGCAACAGAAGAAUGUCUAUCCCAGCUUGCCUCUCUGGACGCAACUUUUGAUUUGGAGCGAUUCAGACACUUUCAACGCGAGCUUGCUGUGAACCCAGAUGAAGAAAGUCGAAUCCUCCAAGGCAAAGCACCUCUACCCAGGGCUGGCCGGGGCCAGUAUGCCCUGGCUGUGGAGCUUCAGAACUCUGGCAUCAAUGCCAAGGCAUACUUUUUCCCACACAUGAAGGCGCUGGCUACAGGCCUCUCCCCGGGAAAGCUUUUCUUUAACUCGAUGGAGAAGCUUGGUCUCUCUGGAUUGAAAGAACCGCUCCAUCACCUCAGUGAUUUCCUCGGCCUGAACGAGGACGGAAUUCCCGCCGAUAGUACUGUUACUCCAGUACUUCUCGGCUGCGACCUUUGCGACCCCGCCAAGAGUCGGAUGAAAUUAUACAUCACCGACCAGACUGUAACAUGGGAUCGUGUGGUGGGCGUCUGGACUCUCGGCGGGCGUCGGCAGGAUGAUCCUCAGUGUGGCGAUGGUUUGAUCCUACUCAGAAAGCUCUGGGACCUCCUUGAUAUCCCUGAAGGCAACCGUGACAACGUUUGGCCAGACUUGGCCUUUGGGGAACCUCCGAGCUGUGACUACCGAGCCACUAUGAUGGCAAACUGGACGCUAUCACCCACCAAGAGGUUCCCAGACCCCCAGAUAUACUUUUUGACAUUUGGCAUGAGUGAUGUUGUGGUUAUGGACGCGCUCGUUACAUUCUACAAGAUGAUUGGCUGGACGGAUCUCGCCAGAACCUACAGGGACAAAGUGACAUCGUACUACCCCGAACUUGACCUGACAAAGACCAAUUACGUACACUCCGGGAUCUCGUUCUCAUAUCGCAAUUCCAAGCCCUACCUGAGUGUUUAUUACACGCCUUUCUGAAGGAGACCUGAAGGUGGCCCCGCGAGUAUGUGCAACGUAUCAGUUUCGAAGUUUGGAUAGUCAUAUUGCGGGCGACAAGGUUGAUACAUGCGCUGUUUCGAUGUUUAGCAAUGUUUUCUGAGCUAUUCCCCGUAUCUGCAUUGGUGCCACAUGUCAAACUGCGAUUGAACUCAAGAAAAUCAGCAGAUUCAUGCAGAAAAAUCAAUAUCAUGCCGUCAGAGGAUUUCUCGUCGAAUAUUUGAGCCUGGGCUUUGAAGUUUGCCUCAGCUUUGAUAGAGGGACCCUUUUCUUGCUAUUGAAAGUGUUGUUACGUUUUUGGAAUGCGUGUUCGAGCAAUAAGAAUCGGCCUAGAUUACACCCAAAGCGGGUUCACGUCGACAAAGAGACGGACAGGAGUGUUGAAAUGGGAUAGGUUGACGACGAAAUGGGUAGUGAGAGAGAAUUUCUGUCGCUAAAUCACGAAGCCGACCCUGGUCGAAGACACCAACGGCUUGUAAUAUUCAACGGUGCAGCGCACACUAGCUAGGGGGGUGCAUACGACCUAAGGUCAUGAAAAGUCUGAGGAAUCUAUCGAUCAAUCAAUC